AUGAAGAUGAUGUAUCAAUUGAUGAUUGCGAAAGUCUACUAUGUCUUGACUUGUUCAUAUCGACAAGAUGGAAAAGCAUACAGGAAGCUUUCGGACUCACAACAAAAAUGGCUUGAAGAUGAUUUUGUGUGCCGCUCAAUGAUCCUGAAUGCAAUGAGUAAUGCACGCUUCAAUGUGUUUCACAAAUGCUACCCUGCAUAUGAGUUGUGGGCUGCCAUCUCGCGAAGGUAUAUAAUAGAAGAUGCUGGAAAUAGAUCCUUCUUAAUUAAUAAGUAUAUUGAUUUUAAAAUGGAUGAUUCCAAACGUGUUAUUGAUCAAGUAAAUGAAUUAAAUGAAAUUGCCUCUCAAUAUGCUGAUGUGAGUGAGCCAAUUACUGAGACUUUUCAAGUUUCUACUAUUAUUGGUAAACUUUCUCCUUCUUGGAAAGAUUACCAGAUGAAAUUAAAGCACAAGACUAAGUCUCUAAAUUUGGAUCAAUUACUUCAGCAUAUUCAAAUUGAGUAUGAGGCUAGAAAUAUAGAUUUACUUGUUUACAAUGGAAAGGAUAAAGUGCAUAAUGUUGAAAAUUCCACAUCCUCCAAAUCUGCUAAAACCAAGGUUAACAAGUUUCACAAUGGAAACAAGACUUGUGAUUAUAAAAAAAGAUUUGAUUCCAAGAAUGGUAUUAGUAAGAAAAACAGAGGACCUUACUUUGUGUGUGGUAAGAUGGGACAUUUGGCUAGAGUUUGUAAAUUUCGCAAAGGUAAGAAAGAAGAAGCCAAUUUCAUGGAGCAAGAAGAAGAAAUGGUUGCUAUUCUUACUGAAAUUCUUAUGAUGGAUAGCAAUGAAGAAUGGUGGUUAGAUUUUGGAGCAACUUGCCAUGUCACUCCAUUCAAAAGUGGUUUCAAAACAUAUGAAUAUAUGGGCAACUCCACCACUCGUGCUGUUAUGGGAAUUGGCACUGUGCAACUUCCGCUUUCUUCUAGAAAAGUUCUCACUUCUCACUCUCAAGAAUGUUCAUCACAUUCUUGGAAUUAG